UGUUUACGGUUAUAUUUUACACGGCCGCUACUGACAGAAUGAUCAGCAUGCGUAUCGCGAUCUCCUUGUACUGUAGUAGAACGAUCAGAUGAGCAAAUGACGCUCUAACAUCGCGCUAACACCAAUUGUCGAUAGCGUUAGGCGGCAAAUGCUGGCAAUUUCUCUUUCAGGAAAAGCGCAACCUCUCAAUAUGCACGACGGCCUGAGGCACACCCGCGUCGUUGGUUUGCGUUUGGCUGCUUUGGAAAGAAUGAUGAGAACGACCUUCCCAAGAACCUUGUCGAGACGAACGUCGACACGGAUAAAUCAAUCGCCAAAAUGUCUUGUACUGCGCCCCAUUCCCAAACACCACCUCCUUACGUCGCAGAGCACUACUAGAGAGCUCAACCAAGGGCGUAGUCCACAGAAUCGCACGAGGAACAUCCAGUAUGCCUUCGACCCAGUCAACACUGCGAGAGCGAAACGACCAUCCAAUCCAUUCUCCUUCCUACGCCCUGAGAACAUUGCGCUCCCCGUAUUCCAAAAUGCGAACUGCCUCGUUCCAUCCAACCUCGGCGUCCCAUGGCCCACCUCCUUCCCCUCCUCCUUUCAGUCGAAGUACUCCACGGAAGUGGAGGAAACGACAAGGGCAUAUACUCGAGCACUUCAAGGCCAACGAUCGGAAGGUUAUCAAGAGAAAUAUCCCGAGGCGAUUAUCGACGAGGCGGUCUCACUGCUAGUAAAUGUGGCGCCAAUGGGCAACUUGACGAGGAUGAAGGCCCUCACAAAACUCUACGUGUUCUUCUUUAUGAGUGAUGGUGAUUGAACGUGUGGAUACUGUCUGGUUGCUCUAACUAAACUUUCGAUAGAUCUGGUUGAUUCCGGGAAUGUAUGCUCCGUCAAUACCGAUACGCGUUGUUGAGGCGGAACGCUGGUCUAAUGAUCCUACAGCGCGUGACGAUAAUCCCCAACCAUAUUGAGGGGAAUGAGAAGCAGGGAUCGCAACAUACCG